GAAAAUAAAUUGGCACCUUUACCGUCUCGCUGACAUGUACGAUCUCUGUAUGGCUAAUUAAGCGAAUGGCAGCCAGUCCAUAGAAGAGCAUAGAUUGAUCACUUUCAGCACACGAAAGAAUUUGUCUUCGAGCGACAGAUCCUGCACCUCGCGCCUGCUGCAGUGGUACUUCAUAUAGGGAUAGCAGCCGGUUCUCAGAAUGUGGUAGUUGGUGCCCGUGUCCAGAGUCCAAUUAAAGUGCGACAUUCCACGCUGAUCGUUGCUGACAUCCCUGAACUGAAAUUGCAGACUGUGUCAUAAGGAUUGUGUUUUUGUUGCGCAUUCCCUUACCUUCACGAAAUAUGAUGUCCAGGGCGGCUCUUGGCAUUGCUUCAAGUAUGCGGUCAACACUUCCGAGGCACGGGGCUUUAAUAAAACGCGGCGUGCUGGCUUAUUUCAGCAAAAGAUGCAAGUCCCGUCGUGCUCACCUGGUGGAAUACUUCGAUCAGGCGCCAAUUGUCAACGAGAAGCUGUUGGAGUACGAGGUAGGGUCAAACGAACGCAAAGAACUCGAGGAAUCGCUGCAAAAAAUUCUGGCCAUAGUCAAGCACGUGCCCAUCGUGAUCGAUGGUGUGGAGCACAAGGUUCCUGAAGAGCUGCAGCAGAUCUUGCCGUACAACAUCAAGAGGCCAAUAGCUCGAUAUGGCCACGCACCCAACGCCAUGUUGAAAAUGGCCAUCGGGAAGACUGUGGAGGCACAGGAGAGAUGGGACAAGACAACGUUAAGGGAGCGCAUGUACAUAUGGCAGCGGGCGGCUGAAAUGAUUGCCACCAAAUACCGCUUCGAUGUUGUCGCUGCCACAAUGCUCGGCCAGGGCAAGACACUGCGGCAGGCGGAGAUGGAUGUAGCCGAGCUGGUGGACUUUAUGCGCAUCAGUCCCGUCUUUCUGCGCGAUGUGGCCAACUACGAGCCAAUCAACGACUGUCCGGACACCCAGCGCAACUACAUGCGGCUGCGGGGCUUGACGGGCUUCGUGGCUGCCAUCAGUCCCUUCAAUUACACGAGCAUUGCGGCCAAUUUGGCCUUCACGCCGGCCCUGAUGGGCAACGCUGUGAUGUGGAAGCCCUCGGAUUCGGCCAUUCUGUCCAACUGGUUCGUGUUCCAGGCAAUGCGCGACGCUGGACUGCCCGAUGGUGUGGUCAACUUUGUGCCCUCCGAGGCGACGACCUUUGCCACAGCGGUCACGCAGCAUUCGAAGCUGGCUGGGAUUCACUUUACGGGCACCUCGGGCGUGCUGAAGGUGCUGUGGCAGCUGGUGGCCAACAACAUCGACGUCUACCAGAACUAUCCACGGCUGGUGGGCGACUCGGGUGGCAAGAAUUUUCACUUCGUGCAUUCGUCUGCCGAUCCCGAGACAACGGUGGCGUGCACCAUCCGAGCGGCCUUCGAGUAUGCCGGCCAGAAUUGCUCCUCCUGCUCGAUGCUGUACGUGCCCCAGUCGCUGUGGGAGUCGCACAUCAAGCAGCCGCUGCUGGACAUUAGCGCCGAGCUCUUUGUCAGCAAGGCCACCUACUGCGACUGCUUCUACUCGGCGCUGAUCAACAGGCGCGCCUACAAUCGCAUCUACAUGUGGCUGCGCUACAUUGGCCAGAAUCCCAGCUGCCAGCUGCUCACCGGCGGCACGUGCAGCCAGAAGCAGGGCUACUAUGUGGAUCCCACCGUUGUGCUGGUCAGCGAUCUGAACGAUCAAAUCUGCCAGAAGGAGCUGCUGGGGCCCAUACUCUGUGUGCAUGUCUAUGCGGACGAGGAGUUGGCGCCCACCAUGGCCAAGGUGGCGGAGAUCAAUCACGGCCUGAUUGGCUCCAUCUUUGCCAGCGACGCUAAUUUCAUCGAUGAGGCCUACAGGGUCUUCAAGUUUAAUGUGGCAAAUCUGAAUGUCAACGACAAGUCCACUGGCGCCAUGGUGGCCAAGCAGCCGUUCGGAGCCGGUCACAUGACGGGAACCAGCGACAAAUUGGGCAGUCCGCACGCCCUCUUGCGCUGGACAUCGCCGCAGGUUAUCAAGGAGUCGUACAAGCCACACGUCAACGUCUACUAUCCCUACAUGGAUAUAAGUGAUGACAUCAAGAACAUUGGCAAGCCUCAGCCCGAGGCCAAGCUCGAGGCCAAACCCACAGACGGCACUCAACUCUCCGCCUGAUACUCACUGGCUGGGCUUGGCUUGGCUUGUGUUCCUUUCUUGUGACCCAGAGAUCCCACUCACAGAUGGUUACAAAAUUUUAAUUGUGUUUUUUUAUUAAAAGGGCAGGCGAAAUAAUUAUUUUUGUGUGC